AAUAAAACACAAGCUCACAGACCUUCUGGGCUUGAAGCAUUGACCGCUAAUGCCAAACAAAAAACUUUGUUUAUUUAAUUGUUUAAUUAUUCUUUAAAUUAAAUUUAUUUACUGGAGUUGGAAUACAAUAUCUAACUGAAGACAAUACAUAAGAUGGCCAGCAUAAUGCAAACCCUUCUCUUUCAGGUGUUUAAUGACCCAAUCCAUGGACACAUUGAACUCGAACCUCUGCUGGUCAAAAUCAUAAACACACCUCAAUUCCAAAGACUGAGGAACAUCAAGCAGCUAGGAGGGGCCUACUACGUUUUCCCUGGAGCAUCUCAUAAUCGCUUCGAGCACUCCAUUGGAGUUGGGUACCUGGCUGGAACGCUUGCUAAAACGUUGAGAAAGAAUCAGCAGGAACUGAAUAUCGAUGACAAAGACGUCCUCUGUGUGCAAAUCGCUGGCCUCUGCCAUGAUCUUGGACACGGACCUUUCUCACAUCUGUUUGAUGGGAUGUUCAUUCCUGAAGUACAUCCAGAAUUGGCAGGCAAAUGGACGCACGAGCAGGCAUCGCUAGACAUGUUAGACCAUCUGCUUGAAGUUAACAAACUGAACUUGGAAGACUACCAGCUGGUUCUGCCGAUGGACCUCAUCUUCAUCAAAGAGUUGAUCGAUGGACCAAAGCCCAAAGACCCUCAGGAUCCAGACGCAGAGUGGCCAUACAAAGGCCGUCCAGAGGAGAAGUCUUUCCUGUACGAGAUUGUGUCCAACAAAAGGAACGGCAUUGAUGUGGACAAAUGGGAUUACUUUGCGAGAGACUGCCAUCAACUGGGCAUCAAGAAUAGCUUUGACCACAACCGCUUCAUCAAGUUUGCCAGGGUGUGUAAGGUGGACGGGAGGAGGCAAAUCUGUACCAGAGAACAGGAAGUUGGAAAUCUGUAUGACUUUUUCCACACAAGAAACAGUCUCCACAGAAGAGCCUACCAGCACAAAGUAACAAACAUUGUUGAGACCAUGAUCACCAAGGCCUUUGUAUUGGCAGACCGACACCUCACAUUCAAGGGGGCAGAAGGGAAGGAUUUCACAAUGUCCACAGCUAUAGGUGACAUGGUGGCAUACACCAAGCUGACUGACAACGUCUUCGAACAGAUCCUCUUUUCUACCUCAACGGAGCUGGAUGAGGCCAGGAAGAUCCUAAUGGAUAUCCUCAGCCGUGACCUCUACAAGUGUGUGGGCCAGUUAUAUUCAGCAAAAGACUGGAACGAGGAUACAGAGGAUAUGCGUCCUGAGUUAAAUGGUGACCAGGACAAUGAGCCGGAGCCAGCCAAGAUCAUUGAAAAUGCAAUCCGUCGUAAUUUGGAAGGUGACCAGGGCAAUCCCCAGGGCUAUAACCUGAGCCACAACGAGAUCAUUGUCAAGGUUAUCAAGAUGAACUAUGGCAUGGGGAAGAAGAAUCCCAUUGAUCACGUACGUUUUUACCGCAAGAGUGACCCCACCAAGGCCUUCAAGAUCCCCAGUGGCCAGGUGUCCACGCUCAUCCCAGAACACUUUCAGGAGUGGUUGAUCCAGGUGUACUAUAAGAAGACUGAUGAGAAUGAGAAGACUCAUGAGGAGGCCCUGAAGAUUCAUAAGGAGGCCCUGAAGACGGCCAGGGAGCGCUUUGAACUGUGGUGCCACGCUCAGAGGACAGCAUGA